AUUAUAUGCAUGAUAAAGAAAGACAAAUGCCACAACAAAGGUCAGAAAUUUGAGACGGCAGUUGGCUUGAGAAGUUUGUUCUCAAAUUGGGCCCACAGUGCCACUGUUUGUCGUAAAUUCCAAAUGUAAUCACCCAAACAGAUAAACAAACCUUAUAAAAUCCGACCAUAUUUCUCUCGUACUUUCACACUUUUCAUUAAAAAACUGGUUCCACUUUCCAUCCAUUCUGGAAAAACCCCUUUUUUUUUGGACAAAAUGGAUGAAUCUUCUCUCAAUGCAUAUAAACAACUAUUCCAUGCCCUCUCUUUGAUUCCAAUUUCGCACUAUGUACUGGCAUUUACGCUUAUAUGGGCACUGUUUCUCUACAAUUUCCUGGAAAUUCAUUUCUUCCAAGACUUGUUUUGUGCACUUCGCUCUGCUCCCGUUGCAUUGACCUUUCACCCUUCAUCGCACAUCUACCACGGUGUCGUUUCCAAGUGCCGGAUCCUCCACGGCAGCUAUUUUGCGACGCCAUGGUUAUCAAGUCCUCAUUUUCAGACUGCUUUUCUCAAUUUCUUUGGGAAUCCUCCAGUUUUCAGCUACAAGAGACAACUUUUUCAUGCUUCCGAUGGUGGAACCAUAGCUCUAGAUUGGCUGACAAGUUCUGAUGUUUCAAGAGGUACCUUUGAGAUGAAUGAUGCCGUCUCAAAGGAUGACACAACUCCUUUGGUGGUUGUCAUUCCCGGCUUAACAAGUGAUUCUACUUCUGCAUACAUUAAGCACCUUGCAUUUGGAAUGGCAAAACGUGGAUGGAAUGUUGUUAUUAGCAACCACCGGGGACUGGGUGGUGUUUCAAUUACUUCUGAUUGCUUUUAUAAUGCUGGCUGGACAGAGGAUAUCCGAAUAGUCAUUGAUUAUCUCCAUCAUCACUACCCGAAGGCUCCUUUAUUUGCUGUUGGAACUAGCAUUGGUGCCAACAUUCUGGUGAAAUAUCUUGGAGAGGAUAGAGAGAAGGUACCUGUAGCUGGAGCCUUGGCUAUUUGCUCCCCGUGGGACCUUUUGAUUGGUGACAGGUUUAUAUGCCGCAGGCUAGUUCAGAAGUUAUAUGAUAGAGCCAUUGCAAUUGGCCUUCAAGGUUAUGCAAAACUGCAUGAGCCUCGCUAUUCUCGGCUGGCUAAUUGGGAAGGCAUAAAAAAGUCAUGUUCUAUUCGAGAUUUUGACAACUCCGCUACAUGCCUUGUUGGAAAAUUUGAGACUGUGGAUACGUACUAUAGGCAUUGUAGCAGCUCUUCCUAUGUGCAAAAUGUGUCAGUGCCAUUGCUUUGUAUCAGUGCUCUAGAUGAUCCUAUAUGUACCAGGGAAGCCAUUCCUUGGGAUGAAUGCAGGGCAAAUAAAAAUAUUGUGUUGGCCACCCCACAACAUGGAGGACAUCUCGCAUUUUUUGAGGGAAUAACUGCAUCUAGCCUAUGGUGGGUUAGGGCCACUGAUGAAUUUCUCGGUCUCCUACACACUAGUCCACACAUGCACGUACAGAAGGCAGAGAAUUCUGAACUGCAGCUGUCAGUGGGAUCAUCUACUGAUCAGGGUCCGUACGUAAAUAUCGCAGAAGAUGGAAUGGUGGCUACAGUUGGUAAUGAGCAUGCGAGCAAAAACGUAGUUGAACACUUACCUGGAUUGGGGAAGAUUCAUAACAAAGAGUGUGAUCAAAUGGUUUCAGCAACGGAACAAAAACAGUACCUAAUGGAAGCAAAGUCCGAUAUUGCAGCCAAUGCUGCUCAAGUUUCUGGACAAUGUUCAAAUCUGCAAGGCGCCAAGUCUUUGGAUGUGAUUGCUCCAGUGAAAAGAUGCUUGAAUCACCUUUCCCGUCAAAACAGAAAAUCAAUGUGGGUACUGGCUUACAUUGCCAUAAUUACAAGCUGGCCAAUAGUAGGUUCAGCUUUUCGCAUCUUUUCCAGGAAGAAGCUCGGAAAUGUUUCACUUGCAACUUCGCAUGGAAGGUAAUCCAAUGCAGCUACUUUGUAUUUUGUGCGUGUUUGAUGUGUCAUUAUUCAAAUCCAAAAAGCCCUGUUUAACUAGCUUUGCCUAGAAAUGACAUUAAAGCUAGUAAUGAGGCAAUCUCUAUUAUGUCGUAUAUUGUCUCUUUAUUUGAUGUCACAAGACCUGGUGAUAAGACUUUCCACACCAUUGGUUGACAGCCGAGUGCUUACGGACUUAAUAUUUGUCAGGUAAAAGUAUCUGUUUGAACCAAUACACCAUAGAUAAAAUAAAUCCCAUAUACAAAUGAUUAAACACAAUGCGAUCAACUUGUUAAUCAUGUCAACCUCUUUGCUAGCUAGCAAAGGAUUGUAGUUGUUGGCAAUAAUCUAAGAAGUACGAAGAGAAAAAGAAUGAAGAGAAAGAGCUAUGUUAAGGCAGAGAAUGGAUACAUGCUGCAUUUUUCAUUGCAAUAUAAACGCAUUAUGCAUUAUUAAACUUCAACUACUUUAACCACUAGACAUCCAAUCGUCUGUCUAAAGUUUUUGGAUGACCAAAAGCUUUAAAAAUAAUCUAAGACAAGCAUGACAGGAACA